GGAGGAGCGAUCCGCUGCUAGAAAUCAUCCAGCUGUCUCCUCUCCGCAAGCAGAGGAGAGUGGAUAUUCUCUGCCUCUCAUCGUUUCCUUCUCCCUCCGCAAUUGUUCAGCUGCCGAAAAAGCCUGGAAGGUACCCCUUACGGGGCUGGGCAGACACAGAGAAAUCCUGCAAAGAUGGACCGCAUCCCGGACCUGUAUGCAACCCCAGGAGACAGGCUGGACGCCUUCCUGAAGCACAGCCUUCAGCCCCAGAGGGACUGGAAGGAAGAAGUAGAGGAUGCCAAGCAGAGGGUCGAGAAGUUCCUUCGGAAUCAGUGCUUCCGAGAUCACCUUGUUCUGGACCGAGAAGUCAGGGUGCUGAAAGUGAUGAGGGGCGGCUCUUCGGGGAAGGGGACGAUGCUGAAUCAGACCUCCGAUGUGGACAUUAUUGUGUUCCUGAGCUGCUUUUCCAGCUUCCAAGACCAGGCGAUCCUCCGAGGAUGUGUCAUUGACUUCAUUAAGGACAGACUGGAUUGCUGUAGUGAAAGCCUGGCCUACAACAUCACAGUGGUUCACUACAGACAGGGAUCCAGAGAACCUCGCUCCCUAACCUUGCAGGUCCAGUCCAGGAAGAGUAGUGACGUCAUUCGCAUGGAUGUGGUUCUGGCUUUCGAUGCUCUGGGAAACUUUUGCCUGGACUCUAAACCAGCACCAGAAAUCUAUGAAGAUUUAAUAAAUAGCUUCCGCCACCCUGGGGAGUUCUCACCAAGCUUCACAGUGUUACAAAGGGACUUUGUAAGAACGCGCCCUGUUAAGCUGAAAAACCUCCUGCAAUUGGUGAAGUACUGGUACCUGAAGUAUGUGAAGUCUCAACAUCAAAGAGUAGCUCUUCCCUCGAAGUAUGCGCUGGAGCUACUCACCAUCUACGCCUGGGAAGCUGGUACUGACCAAAAAGAGAACUUCGAGUUGGAUGAAGGAUUAGUGGCUGUGAUGGCACUCCUCAGAGAUUAUGAAGACAUUUGCAUAUACUGGACCAAGUAUUACGAUUUCCAAAGCGAGAUUGUCAGAAAUUUUAUCAAACAACAACUGAAGAAGAGGAGGCCCAUCAUCCUAGACCCAUCUGACCCCACCAACAACCUGGGCAAGGGAAGGAGAUGGGACCUGGUGGCCCAAGAGGCUGCUUACUGCCUGCGUCAGGCCUGCUGCUUGACUGUGGACCCCAGUGAGAGGUGGCAUGUACAGAAAGCAAGGAAUGUGCAGGUGACAGUGAAACAGACAGGGAAGGAGGACUGGACACUCUCGGUGGACCCCUAUAGCCCCAUCUGGAAGAUGAAGACAGAGAUCAAAAGGAGAAAUUCCAUCAUGGGGAAACAGCGUCUCUCCUUCCAAGAGGCAGGAGGAGAGAGGCUGCUGCUCAGCAGCCAGAAGACCCUGGCACACUACGGGAUCUUCUCUAAGGUGAACAUCCGGGUGUUAGAGACCUCCUCUACUGAGAUACAGGUGUUUGUAAAGGAUUCGAGUGGCCAAAGCAGGCCUUAUGCCAUAAAUCCUGAUGACACCAUUCUUGACUUGAAAGAGAUCAUUGAAGAAGCUGGAGGGCCUCCUGUGGAGGAUCAGAUACUGAAGUUUGAGGGUCGGAGGCUGAGAGAUCAUAAGUGCCUUGAAGACCUGGAGAUUGAAGAUUGUGACACCAUCACACUCAUUAGAAGAUGAAUGGCCCUGACACUGCCUGUGAUGCAGACUCCAAUCAUCCUGCUCCCCCACCCCACCGCUUUCUGCUUACUGUGCUCCUUCUGAAACCUGAAUAUGAACAUACCCCUGCCCUGCUUAAAAUCCUCCAAUGUCUCCCCCCUUUCCUACAGACUGAAGUCCACGUUCCCUUCCCAGGCAGCCAAGAUCCUUUGCUUCCUCCUCAAUCGCUUCUCACCAUUCAGAACACAACAGGUGUUCCCUGACGCUUGCAAUUCCAGAACACUAACUUCUGCAUCACAACUCAGUCACUUUAAGUCAGCUGUCCUCCCCUCCUGCCAUGAUUCCAUCCUUCAAUGCCCAGACUUCUAAAUCACUGAAUCUCAAAUUAUGAACCUCACACCAGCAGAAUCAGCACUACUUGGAAACUUCUUAGAAAGGAAAUUUCUCAGCUGCACUCCCACACUUAACCUGAGUCAGAUUCUCAGAUGGUCAGACUCAGCAGCCUGUGACCCACUAGCCCUUCCAAGUCAUUCUAAUGCAUGCUCCGUUUGGGGACCACUGUUAUAUAUUCUACACAAGUGACCAAAUCAUCUUUUUCCUGAGCCCUCACUAUGUUCCUUCAUUGAGCCAUCUAUUCCCUGGUCUAAUAAGCCUUGAGUAAAACUAUGUCUUACUCCUUGUCUUCCAUGAUCUACAAUGGUACCUACCAAGAUAUCAAUUCUUGGCACAUAAUUACUGAAUAAAGGAAUGAACCCCCAAAAUGGCUCUGAGUCUUUCACUAGGGUCUCAGUCUAAUGCAAUUUUAGGGUUCAUAUUGUUUGGAGAAACUCCCAGGCUAUGUCUCAUUCUUUAGAAAUGCCUACAGUACCUACAUAGGUGCCAUGUUGGACCUAGUCUCCCUGCUCAUACCCAGUGCUGUCUUUCCUCUCUGCCUAAAUCUAAUUGGACCAAAGGGCAUCAGAAUAGAAUCUUCCCAAUGUAUGGCUCUACUUAAUCAAUCUGGUUUUGGAUCCUGAAGCAUGGUGCCUGAUGGAGACCAUUACUAAGUGGCUCUAAGCAGGCUCUAAUAUUAACCAAUUGGUCUUUCAUGUUUAUGUGUGAGUUUGCCCAAGGUUUAUGCCCUCCUCUGGGUAUGAGCAGUGGACUCAUAGUAAGUGAACCUAUGUGAGUCACUGGUCACUGUGAGGCCUGUAUGGGCCUGUGAAGUCAUGAUACCUCAAAGAACAAGAUAAGGCCACAGCUGAGGACAUUUGGCCCCACCCCCAAUUAACUAAAAGGAGAUGGAAGCUGUAGACUCCACACUCCUACAAUAAAUGUCAACCUAAAGAUAAGGUAGUUCUCCUGAUUGACAUAAUUUACUACUUGGGGAGAUAUUUCCCAAAGUCUUGCUAGAUUCCCAUGUUUUCUUCAG